AAGCUUCAGCCAGGGGCGGGAAGGGGCGUGGAUGAGAGGCGGGGGAGCUGACAUCGAGGGAGGAGAAGGCACUUCCGUGUCUGGCUAGGGCGGGAAGGGGGAUGCUGAGGGCUGUAGGUGGGCAGAGUUGUGGCACACAAGGUCAGGGCCCAGCUGGCGGCGGCAGGAAGGAAUCCUGGAGGUCUGGCUCCUGGGCAGCUCUAAUCUCAGGGCAGAGCACUUCCUGUAGAGCAGGCCCAGACCCCACCCUAAACCAAACCCUGAGGACAGAGGCUGUGGUCCUGCCACCACCUUUUCCCUGGGCUGUGGAGACUUGGCAGUGGAGUCCUGGGGAGGGGGCUCGCCAUGGGACUUUGCAGACCCCAGCACAUCUCCCUGCAUGAUGCCCCUAGUCUCUCGUGCGUCAGCCCCCAUCCUACCACCUCCUUCCGCCGCGUGCACACGUUGCUUCCGUGGAGGCACUGGAACCCUUUGAUUCUCAGCUGCUGUCUGGGAGUGGACAGCGACGGCUGCACAAAGCUACACGCAGAUGUGCCCCUCCCCUGGAGCUGGACACCACUGGAGUAUGGACCACUCAGAUACGGCCACAGCGCUGCCGUCUAGGCUGGGGGAGCAGGGAAUGACCGCCUCCCAUCCUAACCUAGAACCUAGCCCCCGCGUGGCACCAUGUUCUUCUUCCCCGCAUCCUUGCCAGCCUUCGCUCCAGCCCACCCUCAGUCUCCCCACAUCCAAGGUUCUGAACCCAUUUUGACAUUUGACGCUUGGCUCAGCCCACCCCACCCCUUGCGUCUCCCCCCGCCGUCCGCAUUUCUCUUCCUUGAGGGGGCAGAUGUGGGGAGGCUGUGGAGUUAGGAGAGACAAUCAGAGUGGGGGAGGAGGCCUGCGGAGUCCGGCUAGGGCACAGGAAGGGCCGGGCUGUCCCACCGGGGAAGUGGGAGGGCGCCGAGGCGCCGGGAGGGAAGUGCCUGUUGCCCGGGGCUCAGAGCUAAUAGCCUAGCAGCCAGUGUGACUCCGAAACCUGCCCUGGGGUUAGCCCGUUCAGCUGCGGCAGUGAGUUGGGGGAAAGGAGGUAGCCGGGGCUCCUUUGCUUCAAGCCUGAAUCCUGUGCCCCUGGCUUUUGCUAGAGCACCUCUGCAGUCUGGGUUUGAGGAAGGAGAAGCAAAGCAUUGAGCAGUCCCUUCACUGCCAACUGGGAGAAGGCAAGGAGCCCCAGGGGUCACCCCAAGGCGGUAUAGCUCUGGGCAGGGGAGACCAUGGCCCGCCUCUUCAGUCCCCGGCCGCCUCCCAGCGAAGACCUCUUCUACGAGACCUACUACAGCCUGAGCCAGCAGUACCCACUGCUGCUGCUGCUGCUGGUGAUCGUGCUCGUCGGGCUCCUGGCGCUGCUCGCUGUUGCCUGGGCCAGCGGCAGGGAGCUGGCCUCAGACCCGGGCUUCCUGACCACUAUGCUGUGCGGGCUGGGCGGCUUCUCGCUGCUGCUGAGCCUGGCUUCCCGCGAGCAGCGACUGCAGCGCUGGACGCGUCCCCUGUCGGGCCUCGUGUGGGCAGCGCUUCUCGCGCUAGGCCUCGGCUUCCUUUUCACCGGGGGCGUGGUGAGCGCCUGGGACCAGGUGUCCUUUUUCCUUUUUGUCAUCUUCACCGUGUACGCCAUGUUGCCCUUGGGCAUGCGGGACGCCGCCGCCGCGGGUCUCGCCUCUUCACUCUCACACCUGCUGGUCCUCGGGCUGUAUCUUGGGCUUCAGCCGGACUCACAGCCCGCGCUGCUGCCGCAGCUGGCGGCAAACGCGGUGUUGUUCCUGUGCGGGAACGUGGCCGGAGCAUACCACAAGGCGCUGAUGGAGCGCGCGCUGCGCGCCACGUUCCGGGAGGCGCUUAGUUCCCUGCACUCCCGCCGGAGACUCGACACCGAGAAGAAGCACCAGGAACACCUUCUCUUGUCCAUCCUUCCUGCCUACCUGGCCCGAGAGAUGAAGGCGGAGAUCAUGGCACGGCUGCAGGCUGGACAGGGGUCACGGCCAGAGAGCACCAACAACUUCCACAGCCUCUAUGUCAAGAGGCACCAGGGAGUGAGCGUGCUGUAUGCUGACAUCGUGGGCUUCACGCGGCUGGCCAGUGAGUGCUCCCCUAAGGAGUUGGUGCUCAUGCUAAACGAGCUCUUUGGCAAGUUCGACCAGAUCGCCAAGGAGCAUGAAUGCAUGCGGAUCAAGAUCCUGGGAGACUGUUACUACUGUGUCUCCGGGCUGCCGCUCUCGCUGCCAGACCACGCCAUCAACUGCGUGCGCAUGGGGCUGGACAUGUGCCGGGCCAUCAGGAAACUUCGGGCAGCCACCGGCGUGGAUAUCAACAUGCGUGUGGGUGUGCACUCGGGCAGCGUGCUCUGCGGGGUCAUCGGGCUGCAGAAGUGGCAGUAUGAUGUCUGGUCCCAUGACGUCACUCUGGCCAACCACAUGGAGGCGAGUGGAGUGCCAGGACGAGUACAUAUCACAGGGGCUACGCUGGCACUGCUGGCAGGGGCUUAUGCUGUGGAGGAUGCAGCCAUGGAACACGGGGACCCAUACCUUCGGGAGCUAGGGGAGCCGACCUACCUUGUCAUCGAUCCCCGGGCUGAGGAGGAGGACGAGAAGGGCACUGCAGGCAGGUUGCUGUCCUCUCUUGAGGGCCCCAAGAUGCGUCCGUCACUGCUGAUGACCCGCUACCUGGAGUCCUGGGGUGCGGCCAAGCCUUUCGCCCACCUGAGCCACGUGGAGAGCCCCGUGUCCACCUCCACCCCUCUCCCGGUUUUGGUUUGGGGGAUGAGGUGGCCCCCUGUGACCCUGCUUCCUUCACAUGAGCCAGGCGAGUGGGGAAGGACGGUCACCACACAUCUUCACCCCCUUCCUUGGCGCUUGUCUUCACCUGCUCGCGUGCUCCUUCUCACAUCUCUGCACACACUGCGUAUUCCUUUCGGUGCAGAAGAGAGUGACUGUAACCAGGAGAAGGCCCUGUCUUCCUUCAGCCCCCAGUGGAGCCUGGACCGGAGCCGUACCCCCCGGGGACUAGAUGAUGAACUAGACACCGGGGAUGCCAAGUUCUUCCAAGUCAUCGAACAGCUCAACUCUCAGAAACAGUGGAAACAGUCAGAGGACUUCAACCCAUGGACACUGUACUUCCGAGAGAAGGAGAUGGAGAAAGAGUAUCGGCUCUCUGCACUCCCCGCCUUCAAAUACUAUGCCGCCUGCACCUUCCUGGUUUUUUUCUCCAACUUCAUUAUCCAGAUGCUGGUGACAAACAGGCCCCCAGCUCUGACCAUCACCUAUAGCAUCACCUUCCUCCUCUUCUUCCUCCUCCUCUUCGUCUGCUUCUCAGAGCACCUGACGAAGUGUGUCUUGAAAGGCCCCAAGAUGCUGCACUGGCUGCCCACACUGUCUGUCCUAGUGGCCACACGGCCCGGACUGCGAGUUGCCCUGGGCACCGCUACCAUCCUGCUCGUCUUCUCCAUGGCCAUUACCAGCCUGGUCUUCUUACCGGCAGCAUCAAACUGCCCUUUCCGGGCUCCCAAUGUGUCCUUCACGGCUUCCAACCUCUCCUGGGAGCUCCCUGGGUCCCUGCCUCUCAUCAGCGUCCCCUACUCCGUGCACUGCUGCGUGCUGGGGUUCCUCUCCUGCUCCCUCUUCCUGCACAUGAGCUUCGAGCUGAAGCUGCUGCUGCUGCUGCUGUGGCUGGCAGCCUGCUGCUCCCUCUUCCUGCACUCCCACGCCUGGCUGUCUGACUGUCUCAUCGCCCGCCUCUAUCUGGGUGCCUUGGACUCCAGCCUCCUCAGGCCAGGGGUGCUGAAGGAGCCUAAACUGAUGGGAGCAAUCUCCUUCUUCAUCUUCUUCUUCACCCUCCUGGUCCUGGCUCGGCAGAAUGAGUAUUACUGCCGCCUGGACUUCCUGUGGAAGAAAAAGCUGAGGCAAGAGCAGGAGGAGACAGAGACGAUGGAAAACCUGACUCGGCUGCUCUUGGAGAAUGUGCUCCCCGCGCACGUAGCCCCCCAGUUCAUCGGCCAGAAUCGGCGCAACGAGGACCUCUACCACCAGUCCUACGAGUGUGUUUGUGUCCUCUUCGCCUCAGUCCCAGACUUCAAGGAGUUUUACUCUGAAUCCAGCAUCAACCAUGAGGGGCUAGAGUGUCUGCGGCUGCUCAAUGAGAUAAUUGCUGAUUUUGAUGAGCUGCUCUCCAAGCCCAAGUUCAGUGGGGUGGAGAAAAUCAAAACUAUCUGCAGCACCUACAUGGCAGCUACAGGCUUGAACGCCACCUCUGGACAGGACGCACAGCAGGAUGCCGAGCAAAGCUGCAGCCACCUUGGCACCAUGGUAGAGUUUGCCGUGGCCCUUGGGUCUAAGCUGGACGUCAUCAACAAGCACUCAUUCAACAACUUCCGCUUGCGUGUGGGGUUAAACCAUGGACCUGUAGUGGCCGGAGUGAUUGGUGCCCAGAAACCACAAUAUGACAUCUGGGGCAACACGGUGAACGUGGCCAGCCGAAUGGAGAGUACAGGCGUCCUGGGCAAGAUCCAAGUGACCGAAGAAACAGCCUGCGCCCUGCAGUCCUUAGGCUACACCUGCUACAGCCGGGGCAUCAUCAAGGUCAAAGGCAAAGGGCAGCUCUGCACCUACUUCCUGAACACAGAUUUGACACGAACUGGACCUCCCUCGGGCACCCUAGGCUGAGAACCCCACCCCCUCCUCCCACCUAUAAGAUCCUCAAUAAAGAUACUCUGGUAU